AUGGUCUUCCUCAACAAGUACCUGCUGGACAGCCCCUCGCUGCGCCUCGACGCGCCGCUCUUCGUCACCUUCUUCCAGUGCGCCGUCACGGCCGCCCUCUGCCUGGGGCUCAGCCUGGGUGUCCCGCAGUGUCCUGCCCCUCUCCAUCGUCUUCAUCGGCAUGAUCACCUCCAACAACCUCUGCCUCAAGUACGUAGGCGUGGCCUUCUACAACGUGGGGCGCUCGCUCACCACCGUCUUCAAUGUGCUGCUCUCCUAUGUGCUCCUCAAGCAGACUACGUCGCUCUACGCCCUGCUGGCCUGCGGCGUCAUCAUAGAUUUCUACUCCAGUCGCUGGAAGACCUGGACAACAGUUUAAGGAAACUCAGCUCCCGUUUGUUUGUGGUACGAGGGCAGCCCACAGAUGUCUUCCCAAGACUCUUUAAAGAAUGGGGAGUUACCCGCCUCACCUUUGAAUAUGACUCGGAGCCUUUUGGAAAGGAGAGAGACGCCGCUAUUGUCAAACUGGCCAAGGAGGCCGGAGUGGAGGUGGUGAUAGAAAACUCGCACACGCUGUACGACCUGGACAGAAUAAUUGAGCUGAAUGGCCACAAACCACCCCUCACCUACAAGCGCUUCCAGGCUAUCAUUAGCCGUAUGGAGCUCCCCAAGAAGCCGGUGAGCAGCAUAGUAAGUCAGCAGAUGGAAACGUGUAAAGUGGACAUACAGGAGAACCAUGACGACGUGUAUGGAGUCCCAUCCCUGGAGGAGCUGGGUUUCCCCACAGAUGGCCUUGCCCCUGCAGUUUGGCAAGGAGGGGAGACAGAAGCCUUGGCACGGCUGGAUAAACAUUUGGAAAGAAAGGCAUGGGUUGCAAACUACGAACGACCAAGGAUGAAUGCCAAUUCUUUGCUGGCCAGCCCCACAGGCCUGAGUCCCUACCUGCGUUUCGGCUGCUUGUCCUGCCGCUUAUUUUAUUAUCGUCUCUGGGAGCUGUAUAAGAAGGUGAAGCGCAACAGCACACCCCCCCUCUCCCUGUAUGGACAGCUCCUCUGGAGGGAAUUCUUUUACACCGCAGCCACCAACAAUCCUAAGUUUGAUCGCAUGGAAGGGAACCCCAUCUGCAUCCAGAUCCCCUGGGACAGGAACCCUGAAGCCUUGGCAAAGUGGGCAGAGGGCAAGACAGGCUUCCCUUGGAUUGAUGCAAUCAUGACGCAGCUGAGGCAGGAAGGAUGGAUCCACCAUCUGGCCAGGCAUGCCGUGGCCUGCUUCCUAACCAGGGGCGACCUCUGGAUCAGCUGGGAGUCGGGUGUCAGGGUAUUUGAUGAGUUGUUGCUGGACGCGGAUUUCAGCGUGAAUGCAGGCAGCUGGAUGUGGCUUUCGUGCAGUGCGUUCUUCCAGCAGUUCUUCCACUGUUACUGCCCCGUGGGCUUUGGGCGACGCACAGACCCCAGUGGUGACUACGUUAAGCGGUAUCUGCCCAAGUUAAAGGGCUUCCCUUCACGGUAUAUCUACGAACCCUGGAAUGCUCCAGAGUCUGUGCAGAAGGCAGCCAAGUGCAUCAUUGGGGUGGACUACCCCAAACCCAUGGUGAACCAUGCAGAGACCAGCCGGCUGAACAUUGAACGCAUGAAGCAGAUCUACCAGCAGCUGUCACGCUACAGGGGACUGUGCUUACUGGCAUCAGUCCCUUGUGUGGAAGAUCUCAGUGGCCAAGUUGCAGACCCAGCUUUAGGGCAGAGUAGCAGUACGAGUACAGUGAUGAGAGCACCACAGUCUGACCAGGCUUCUCCAAAGCGCAAGCAUGAGGGAGCAGAAGAGCUGUGCACUGAAGAGCUGUACAAACGAGCCAAAGUGGGAAGUCUCCCUGCUCCAGAGAUCCCUGGCAAGAGCUUGUGACUGUGAGUAGUCCCUGCCGUGGUCUGGCUCAA